AUGGACCUCGCCCUCCUGGAGAAGGCCCUGCUGGGCCUGUUCGCGGCGGCGGUGCUCGCCAUCGCCGUAGCGAAGCUGACCGGCAAGCGGUACCGCCUCCCGCCCGGCCCCCCGGGCGCCCCCGUGGUGGGCAACUGGCUGCAGGUGGGCGACGACCUGAACCACCGCAACCUGAUGGCCUUGGCGAAGCGGUUCGGCGACAUCUUCCUCCUGCGCAUGGGAGUGCGCAACCUGGCGGUGGUGUCCACCCCGGAGCUCGCCAAGGAGGUGUUCCACACGCAGGGCGUGGAGUUCGGCUCCCGCACCCGCAACGUCGUCUUCGACAUCUUCACCGGCAAGGGCCAGGACAUGGUGUUCACAGUGUACGGCGACCACUGGCGCAAGAUGCGGCGCAUCAUGACCGUCCCCUUCUUCACCAACAAGGUGGUGGCGCAGAACCGCGCUGGUUGGGAGGGGGAGGCCCGGCUGGUAGUGGAGGACGUGAAGAGGAACCCCAAGGCCGCCACGGAGGGAGUCGUGAUCCGCCGCCGCCUCCAGCUGAUGAUGUACAACGACAUGUUGCGCAUCAUGUUCGACCAGCGGUUCGACAGCGAGGACGACCCGCUCUUCAACAAGCUCAAGGCGCUCAACGCCGAGCGCAGCCGCCUGUCGCAGAGCUUCGAGUACAACUACGGCGACUUCAUCCCGGUGCUCCGCCCAUUCCUCCGCGGCUACCUCAACCGCUGCCACGACCUCAAGACACGGCGCAUGAAGGUCUUCGAGGACAACUUCGUCCUGGAACGCAAGAAGGUGAUGGCUCAGACUGGUGAGAUUCGGUGCGCCAUGGACCACAUUCUCGAGGCCGAGAGGAAGGGCGAGAUCAACCACGACAACGUCCUCUACAUCGUCGAGAACAUCAACGUCGCAGAUGUCACAAUUCACACCACAGUUUUCAAUGGAGCAGCAUGCUAUGCUCUGUUUCUGACUGAAAUGGAAACAGAUCCAAGCAAGCUACGGGAGGAGCUCGCCUCAGUGCUGGGCGCCGGCGUGCCUGUGACGGAGCCGGACCUUGAGCGCCUCCCCUACCUUCAGGCCAUUGUCAAGGAGACGCUCCGCCUGCGCAUGGCUAUCCCGUUGCUGGUCCCCCACAUGAACCUCAACGACGGCAAGCUCGCCGGCUACGACAUCCCCGCCGAGUCCAAGAUCCUCGUCAAUGCCUGGUUCCUCGCCAACGACCCCAAGAGGUGGGUGCGGCCCGAUGAGUUCCGGCCCGAGCGCUUCCUGGAGGAGGAGAAGUCCGUGGAGGCCCACGGCAACGAUUUCCGCUUCGUGCCCUUCGGAGUCGGCCGUCGCAGCUGCCCCGGAAUCAUCCUCGCGCUGCCCAUCAUCGGCAUCACCCUGGGCAGGCUGGUGCAGCUGCUGCCUCCGCCGGGGCUGGACAAGAUCGACACCACGGAGAAGCCCGGGCAGUUCAGCAACCAGAUCGCCAAGCACGCCACCAUCGUCUGCAAGCCCCUCGAGGCCUAG